AUGGCAUUUCUCGAGCCACGAAUUCGAGGAUGUAGCUUUCCAAGCUUCAAACUCAAUGAAGCAGGGAAGUUUGCUCCGUCAACUUCAUCGCCAGUGGACGGCCCUGAGUGGGUCGAGAGCAUGCUUUCCAUCGAAACAAAAUUUGGACGUGGAAAGGGAAUGCUUCGACUUGUCCAGGGCGACGAUGGCAUCUACAAAGGCUAUAUGCUGUACACCUCACUGCCGGAAUUGAAAGGGUUUGAAGAAAAUUCGGGAGCGCGGAGACCGCAUGGAGGGAACAACUCUUUCGUGGGGAGGAAAGAGUUGACUGUGUUGACUAUCAUGACGUCGUUCUUCAUAAUAAUAGAUAUCAGGAGGCAAGAGUUUGGUCAAAGGCUAUACACGAGCGACAAAUCGUCACGACUACACCUGAACAAGAAGGAACCAGCACUGUUAGCUUCGCGACGGGGUGCGAAGACGAGAGAAGAUGACCGGAGGAUAUGA